AUGGAGUGUGAGACAUGCUCUGAUGGAGGUGAAGAGGAGCCUUGUGGUAUUUACAUCUGUGAAGAGUCUUUGAUGUCCAUGAACAAAGCCUUUGAAUUUGAAGUUGAGAAGGUUGGUGGUUGUGGGGAUGUUUAUGUGGGACUUUGCACUCCAGAUGCAUCUCAGCUGGAAAAGCUACCUGGGACAUAUGAGGAUUCCUUAACUUCCUUCAUUUUGAAACUGCUGCCUCAUAUCAAGGUGCUGCAAGUGUUUCUUCCUGUUCCACCUACUCUGCAUCCUUCCAUUGCCAUUUCUGGUAGUCACAUUGUUCAAUUGAUGAGAGAAGUCCCAGGUCCAAAUCACAUUGUGCCCAUCAAUGAAAUUGCCAUGGCUGUUGAUGGAUCUGAGAAGGACUGGAAAACCUUUUCAAAAAUUCAAAUAACAGGCCAAGUCUUAGAGUAUAUAGGAACAGGGUUAGUAGGGUUGAUCACAGACUGUGGUCAGGCACAGGCCAGUGAACCACUCACAACCUCCUCUCACUACUUUGAAGUUGAGAUCUUGAACCCUGGUCUGAGGCACAGCAUCAUGAUUGGGCUGACCAGUCAAUGCCACAAAAUUGGAGAGCCUCUUGGUCACUUCCAAGGAUCAAUUGCAUAUGAUUUGGGUUUUGGGAGAUUACACAUGGCUCAUUCUAAAGGAGAACCAUUUGGUCCAAAGUGUCAGACAGUGUCGGCAGCACUGCCAGAUGCAAGCCAAGAAGGCCUUCUGCAUCCAUACAGAAGUUAUACUGAUGUGGCUCUCUUCCACUUCACUGUUCCCCCACAUUCAUUUACAGCAACCUGGGAAUUUGCUGCGUUUAUGGAUGAUCCCUCCUGCCCCUCCCGAGAAGUUCAUAUAUUCAUGCAACAUGGAAGCUAUCCCGUGAUGAGCCCUGAUAAUUCCAGCUUUCCUGAAGGCAUGCAUACAAGCCGUACCCAUCUUUAUAAGAUUGAGACAUGGACAGCCUACUCUCCCCAUGAUGCAGUUAUUCUGCCCAUUCAUAACCCUUUGCCUGGCAGCUGGUUUGCAGCAGCUUACUUACCUGACUGGGACCAACAGGUUCAACAGGAGGGCAUUAUCCAUAGAUGUCGCUAUAGUCUUGGCUCCAUAGCAUUCUGGACUGUAGCAUCAAAUGUUGGUCUUGUCCCUGUCAAUCAACCCACCUUCCUCCAUUCCAAGGAACACUUCACAUAUUACAGGUUUUAUGUCCCAGAAAAUGUUUGGAACAUUCAAGUAGAGCUGUCUAGAUGUGAGGUGAUAGUCCAAUACAAUGAAUCUAAGCCAGAGAAUUGUUUGAGUGGAGUUUACUUGCGUCCAAAUGCAUUGCCUUCUGUGGAGAAUUCCACUCCUUUGGGGCCUCUGCAAUCCAAGAAAAGCAUGAAUUGGAACUUCUCUCCUCAUACAGACUCAUACUAUUAUCUCCUCUUUGUUGGAGAGAGUGUGGCUCAGUUCCAGAUUGAAAUUUAUAUGAAAGAGUGCCAACCAAGUUCCCUGGAGGAAAGCCCUCGUGUCCACUACUUUGUAGAGGAGAACAUGAAUCAAACACAGUAUCUGCUGCACAGCAAUGAGACAGUGAAGGAUCGGUGGGUGGGAAAGGUCCUUUCAUCCAAUGCAAGCCACUCUUCAUUCAAGACAGCUCUAAGGAAUGUCUCCCAAGAGUGUCUUCCAUGGUUUAAGCUCUCUCGAAUCAAACACAUCUUGGAUUUUGAGGAUUCUUUCCUGCUACCUACAAGGGCUAUGCAUGCUCAUCAUUUGUCUGUACAGGGUAAAGGAUGGUACACUUCCUGGCUGGUGCUUUCUGAAAGAACUCCUGUGAUAGUGUCUUUCAACAUCUUAGACUUUGUGGACAUUGGUGGGACCCUACAUGUGGGAGUUCUCAUGGAUGAAAUUAUUCUAGGUGCAUUUACGCAACUUCUAGUCAUAACAGCAUGUGUUCAGAAGAACUCACCCCCAGUUUGGAGUGGAGAACACUUUGAAUGCAACCCAGAGCUGUUGUUAAGGGCAACAUCAGAAUCUCCUGCCUCUGUUCUUGCCAGGAAACUUUUUCCCUUUCCUGAGGCAGGGACAUGGUUUGUUGGCUUCCAUCUCCAUUGCUUCAUCAAUAACACUAAGGUUCCAUGUGUGGUGAGAGAAGUGAUGGCAUCAUUAGAUGUUCACACACAGCCAUGCAUGUUCAGGGAUCAACCCUGUGGGGAGCAUGGGAUUUGUCAAGAGACUCAUCAGCGCCAGUUUUACUUCACAGCCUGCAAAUGCUUUGCAGGCUACAAAGGCUGGGGAUGCAUAGAUGGGAGUGAGGCCCACUCUUCAUCGUCCCUUCUUCUCACCUCUCUCUUUCUGACCUUGAGCAACUUAGCAUUUAUACCAGCUAUUGGAAUUGCUCUUCGAUACCGCCUCUUCCCUGAAGCUUUGGUGUACUUUUCUACUAUGCUCUUCUCUGCCUUUUACCAUGCUUGUGACCAGGAGGUUUAUGGCUACUGCAUCACCAAGUUUGAGGUGCUGCAAUUCUGUGAUUUCUUCAGCAGUAUCCUGAGUUUCUGGAUGACCUUGGUGUCCAUGGCAAAUCUUGAAUCAUCACUCUCCUCCACCCUUCACAUCUUGGGUGUCAUGCUGAUUGCCUUUGGGGUUGAAUAUAACCGAAGAGGUCUUGUGGGCUUCAUCGUCCCCUGUGCUAUUGCCACUCUUGUCCCUAUCAUUGGAAAAUUGUGGGCAUGUAGACGGAAGAAGAGCUGUGUUCAAUUGGAACCCAAGAACUUCCUGUAUUUACUGCCUGGUGUUGCCCUGGCUACUGGGGGCCUAAUCAUCUUUGCCCUGGUUGAAACAGAAGGCAAUUACCAGUACAUACACAGCCUAUGGCACAUCCUAAUGGCUGCAUCCCUAUUCUUUCUUCUCCCUCGUCGUCGCAUCGAAAGGCCAUUGCCAGUUCAAGACACAGAGCAUGAGAGAGAGGAAGCAGAGCUGGAGGCUGUACUGCACUCAGAGCACCCAGUCUUUUCUUUGGCUGCAUUAUUUUUUGUUAUUCCCCUCCCCUCUCUCUUCUCAGCAGAUGGCUUGAAACAUGUUCAUGAAACAUCAUACCGAUACACUUGUGGAAACUCAGGUGGAGUCAAAAUGGCUGGUGUAUCAAGCAUGUACUGCAUGUACAAGCAGACCCACCCAGCAACAGGGAUUGAGCAUUCUCUUUACUGCUACUUCUUCAAUAGCGUGGAGAGGAAUCUGGUUGUGGCAGGAGCAAAUGCUCUUCGUGUUUUUCGUCUCAUACCUGACACCAUUCUCCCUCAGACAGGACCUAGUGCAGAAGUGCCCAAACUGAAACUGGAAUGCCUGGCCACAUUCUCACUGUUCGGUGACAUCAUGUCAAUGCAGUCAGUGCGGUUGAGCAGUUCCUCAAGGGAUGCACUUGUCCUUGGUUUCUGUGAUGCCAAGCUUUCAGUGGUGGAAUAUGACCCCAACACUCAUGAUCUCCGCACUGUUUCCAUUCACUACUUCGAAGAUGAAGAGACUCGUCGUGGUUGGACUCGAAACAUCACAAUCCCUCACAUACGAGUAGACCCUGACAGCCGUUGUUGUGUCAUGCUAGUCUAUGGCCGCAAGAUCGCAGUGCUCCCCUUCAAGCAUGAUGCUGUGGCAGAUGACAUUGACCUUGAACUGGGUGAACACAAGCCUACAGUCCUCUCUUCUUAUCUCAUUGACUUGAAAGAUAUCAAUGAGAAGAUGGACAAUGUCAUAGAUAUGCAAUUUCUUCAUGGUUAUUAUGAGCCCACUCUACUGAUUCUGUUUGAGCCACUCAAAACCUUCAGUGGGAGACUGGCUGUAAGGCAAGACACUUGUAGUUUUGUUGCUAUCUCUCUUAACAUCCCUCAAAGGGUCCAUCCCGUGAUAUGGACAGUUUCCAAACUUCCCUUUGACUGCAACAAAGCAAUACCAGUACCAAAGCCUAUUGGGGGCACGCUUAUUCUAGCUGUAAACUCCUUAAUAUACUUGAACCAGAGUGUGCCACCUUAUGGUGUGUCUGUGAACAGUCUGGCUGAACCCAGCACUAACUUCCCCCUCAAGGUGCAAGAAGGGGUGAAAAUUGCCCUUGACUGUGCACAGGCCCUUUUUAUUGACAGUGAACGUGUUGUAAUCUCUCUGAAGGGUGGUGAACUUUAUGUCCUCACUUUGGUCACUGAUAGCAUGCGAAGUGUGCGGAGCUUCCACUUCGAUAAGGCUGCUGCCAGUGUCCUCACUGCAUGUAUUUGCAUUCUUCUCAACAUUGGGCCAUGUGGGAACAUUGCUCCUGGUGAGCCUGCAUUCUUGUCUGAGGAGUUCUCACAAUAUGUUGACUUGGAUGUGGAAUUGGUUACAACAUCUGGAUAUGGGAAAAAUGGGGCUUUGUGUGUCUUGCAGCACUCUAUCCGACCUCAAGUUAUCACAACUUUUCAAUUGCCUGGCUGCUCAGACAUGUGGACAGUGGUAGAUGGAAAAACCCAAUCUGGUGAUGAUCAGGGUGGAGAACAUGCUUUCCUUAUUUUGAGUCAAGAGAGUUCUACUAUGGUUUUGCAGACUGGGGCAGAGAUUGAUGAAUUGGAUUCUUCAGGCUUCAGCACUCAAGGCCCUACUGUAUUUGCCUGUAACCUCGGCAACAAUCGGUACAUUGUCCAAGUCUCAAAGCAAGCCGUUCGUCUCUUGGAGGGAUCUGAACAGAUCCAGCUCAUUCCAUUGGACAUUCUCAAUCAUCCAAUCAAGUCAGCCUCGGCUGUGGAUCCUUACAUAGUCCUUCUGAGCAAAGAUGGUCAGGUUGUAUUAUUCACCUUAGUUGAAGGACGAGACAAUGCCAAACUCCAGAUGUCGUGGCCAUCAGUCACAAGAAAGAGUCCUGUUAUUGCCAUCAGUGUGUACUGCGAUACUAGUGGUCUCUUCACCUCUCGUGUCCCCGAGGAACUCUGUUUACUUUCGGGGAUGUCAGGAUUCUCAAUGAAUGCUCAAGGUCAGGCACAUGAUAUAUGUCUUCCUACCGCUGAGGCGAAAAAGGAACUGGAUGAAGAAGAGAUCCUGUAUGGAGAUUCAGGAACUAAGGAGGUCAAUCCCUUUGUCAGUAUCACCUUUACUUCAGAUUCAGAUAAUCAGGGAACCAACAGACGAAUGACUUUGACCAGAGACACCAGGCCUACUUACUGGGUAGCCUUAGCAAGGGAAAAUGGGAACCUUGAGUUGUACUCUAUCCCUGAUUUCAAUCUGCGAUUCUUGGUGAAAAACUUCCAUCAUGGUGACAAGGUCUUGGCUGACUCUGCACCCACCUCUGUAGAGGCAUCGCAGGCACAGCAGGCAACACAGGUAGCCAACAUAUCAGAGAUCCUCCUUGUUGGACUGGGACACCAUCAUUCCCGGCCUUACUUAUUAGCUGUAGUUGAUGAAGAUCUCCUCAUCUAUGAGGCCUAUCCCUAUUACGAAAACUUAGAUAAGAGUAGCCUCAAAAUGCGCUUUCGGAAUGUGGAACAUCACAUCAUUCUGCGUGAGCGGCGUACUGGAAAGUCAAAAUCAGCUGAUGUAAAUCCACCUCAUGUCCCAUCUCUGUAUCCAAAGUUACGAUAUUUCUCCAACAUUGCUGGAUACAGUGGAGUAUUCAUUGCUGGUCCAUACCCACAUUGGAUGUUCAUGACAUCCCGUGGAGAAUUGCGGUUGCAUCCAAUGAGCAUCGAUGGUGCUGUGGAGUGCUUUGCCCCAUUCAAUAAUGUCAAUUGUCCUCAGGGCUUUCUCUAUUUCAAUCGCAAGUCAGAAAUGAGGAUCUGUGUACUUCCAACGCAUUUGUCCUAUGAUGCACCCUGGCCAGCGAGGAAAGUCCCACUUCGUUGCACUCCACACUUCAUCUCGUUUCAUCUUGAAUCCAAGACCUAUUCUGUGGUGAGUAGCAUCUCUGAGCCUUCAGACCAAAUUUACAAAUUCAAUGGAGAGGACAAGGAGUUGUGCACAGAGGAACGAGACUCCCGCUUCCCAUACCCAGUGAAUGAGAAGUUUUUUGUUCAGCUCUUUUCCCCAGUCUCAUGGGAAAUGAUUCCCAAUACCAAAGUGGAUCUUGAGGACUGGGAACAUGUGACUUGUCUUAAGACAGUCAAUUUAUCCUAUGAGGGGACUCGAAGUGGGCUCAGGGGAUACAUAGCUAUUGGCACCAAUUACAACUACGGCGAGGACAUUACCAGUCGAGGUCGGAUCUUGAUUCAUGACAUCAUCAAUGUUGUUCCAGAGCCAGGACAACCCUUGACCAAGAACAAAGUCAAGACCGUUUCUGCCAAGGAGCAGAAAGGUCCUGUAACAGCCUUGACUCAUGUUCGCGGGUUCUUGGUUGCCGCCAUCGGACAAAAGGUCUAUGUCUGGCAGUUGAAGGACAAUGAUCUUGUAGGCAUAGCCUUCAUUGACACCCAGAUCUUCACCCAUCAGAUGCGUACUGUGAAAAACCUGAUCUUUAUCGCAGAUAUGUAUAAGAGUGUGUCCGUUUUGAGGUUCCAAGGUGAGCACCGCACUCUGUCCCUGGUCAGCAAGGACUACCGGCCCAUGGAGGUGUAUGGAAUUGAAUACAUAGUGGACAACAGUCAGCUUGCUUUUCUCGCCUCUGACUCUGAGAAGAAUGUUACAAUAUACAUGUAUCAGCCUGAAGCCCGGGAAUCAUACGGCGGCCAGCGACUGAUACGAAGAGCCGAUUUUCACCUUGGCACCCAAGUCACCUCAUUCUUCAGAAUUCGUUGCAAAUUGACAGAUCCGUCAACAGAGAAGAAGAAUCCAGCUCCUCCUGGGAGCCUGUUGGAACACCGACAUGCCACCUGGUAUGCAAGUCUGGAUGGAAGCCUGGGUUACUUCCUCCCCAUCCCCGAAAAGGUCUACCGGCGUCUCCUUAUGUUGCAGAAUGUUCUCUACAACUUCAUACCUCAUACGGCUGCAUUGAAUCCCAAGGGAUUUCGCACUUUCCGAAGUCAUCGGAAGCUCUUGACUCCACCCUGUCGGGGAGUCUUGGAUGGAGAACUCAUCUGGAAGUUUCUUUCUCUAUCUGUAGCUGAGAAACAAGAUGUGGUGAAGAAGAUUGGAACCAAGGUGGAUGAACUUAUUGAUGAUCUCCGAGAUAUUGAUCGCAUCACUGCGCAUUUUUAG